AUGCCGACGGCUUGGCCGCGGGCCAGGUGUGGGGAAUGGUUUUCCCAUCCUCCCGCGGUGGCCCCCGCAGCCCCCAACAGCAUCGCACCAUAUUGUGCCGCGGCAGCCAAACUGGGCUGCAGUGGGACCGGGACUUGGUCCCCGUCCCCAAGGGCAGCGCUCGGCGGUGAACGUGCCCGGGGGGCUUCCCGUUGCCGCACCUCGCGGCUUCGAGGUCACUCGCUGGGGGGAACGGGCCAAGGACCGCAGCCGUGCCGUACCGGCAGCCCCCGGCACGCCGUGGCCCUGCACGUGGGGCUCCCGGUGCCGCCCGACCCCGGGGCCAGCGAAGGGCUCUGGGUAGCCCAAAGGGCAGCGGGUGGGCCACCUCCAGCCAACCACCUCGGUCGCCCAAACCACCGGCUCCUGCCAAACCGCAUCGCCCUCCCCUACCCGGCAACCUCACCGGGACCGUGCCCGGUUCCGCCACAACCGGAGGCGGCGUCCCCGGCGGGCGGCGGCAGCGACGCGGAACACGGCGAGGAGGAACGGGCCGGUGCCCCGGUGGACUGCGUGGUGUGCGGGGACAAGUCCAGCGGGAAACACUACGGGGUCUUCACCUGCGAGGGCUGCAAGAGCUUCUUCAAGCGCAGCAUCCGCAGGAACCUCAGCUACACCUGCAGGUCCAACCGCGACUGCCAGAUCGACCAGCACCACCGCAACCAAUGCCAGUACUGCCGCCUGAAGAAGUGUUUCCGUGUGGGGAUGAGGAAGGAAGCCGUGCAGCGGGGCCGGAUCCCCCCCACCCAUUCCAGCACCAGUCCCAACACCAUGCCCAGCGGGGAAUACUUCAACGGGCAGCCGGUGUCGGAGCUCAUCUCACAGCUGCUGCGGGCUGAGCCGUACCCCGCCGCCCGCUACGGCUCGCAGUACGCGCAGCAGGGCAGCGUCAUGGGCAUCGACAACAUCUGCGAGCUGGCCGCCCGCCUCCUCUUCAGCACAGUGGAAUGGGCCCGGAACAUCCCGUUUUUCCCUGAGCUGCCUGUCUCCGACCAAGUAGCCCUGCUACGGCUCAGCUGGAGCGAGCUCUUCGUCCUCAACGCGGCACAGUCGGCGUUGCCGCUGCACAUGGCCCCGCUGCUGGCCGCCGCCGGCUUCCACGCCUCCCCCAUGUCGGCCGACCGCGUCGUCUCCUUCAUGGACCAGAUCCGCAUCUUUCAGGAUCAGGUGGAGAAGCUCAACCGGCUCCAGGUGGACUCGGCCGAGUACAGCUGCCUCAAAGCCAUCGCGCUCUUCACGCCGGACGCCUGCGGCCUCUCGGACCCGGCGCACGUGGAGAGCUUGCAGGAGAAGGCGCAGGUGGCCCUCACCGAGUACGUGCGCUCGCAGUACCCCUCGCAGCCCCAGCGCUUCGGCCGGCUCCUGCUGCGGCUGCCGGCUCUGCGAGCCGUGCCGGCCGCCCUCAUCUCCCAGCUCUUCUUCAUGAGGCUGGUGGGGAAGACGCCCAUCGAAACACUAAUCAGGGACAUGCUGCUGUCCGGGAGCACCUUCAACUGGCCCUACGGGACGGGGCAGUAG